ACAUAAAUAAUGUCUUUCUAGGUACUUGGGUGCAAGAAAAAWAUCAUWAUUAUUACCCAGAGUUUAGAAGGCAAUACAGAUAUCCUUACGAUGCAAGAAUUCUUGAGAAUGAGAUACCAAAAAUGAAAGAUAUUGAUGAAGAAGAAAGACCAACAUAUUUCAAAAGUAAAAGUAAAGAGGAAGGCUAUUUGGGGCUAUCAAUUCUGCAUCGUCUAUACCCACUUUAUGGRUUUAAUUUCUUAACUGAUGCUGUAUUUGAUGUUAUGCACCUUCUUCCUCUCAAUGUUGUCAAGAAUCACAUUGAGCGAUUAAUUGGCAGUGGAAGUUUAAAUCGCAAGGUCCUUCAAGAGAAUCUCUCUAAAAUGCCAUGGACUACAGAUUAUUGUGCUUCUCGUUUGCCUAAAGACAUAGACUCUGUUGGUUCAUGGAAAGGUAAAUUUAAUGGAAUGUUUAAAAUGUGUGUCGUCAAAAUGCAAUGAUGACUAUACUUCUUCCAAUAWAAGCUAUUCUUGUUUGGGAGAGUGAGUACUAAAAUAAGUCAUCACGUUAUGUGACUAGCCUGCAGCACUCUUUAUUUGCAUUUGGUUUUCUGUCACUUUUUUUCUUUGUUAUUUUUGUUGUUGUU